AUGAAGGCUCUCAGAGCAAGCUUCCGUGACCGAUAUGUGGUGGACAGUAGCAGACUCCAAAAUGAGAUGCAGAUUCAGAGGUCCACAUGUGAGUGUUUGGGAGAGGAGCAUGCCCUGGCAGCAUUUGAGAAUGCUGACUGUGUGCACUGUGAUGCUCUCUCCCGCAAAGUGCUGCGUAGUCGGAGGGAGUUCUUUAAUAAAACUCCCGCGGCUCGCGCUCCUCGCGGUUCGGGUCCCGCUCGUGCUGAGGCUGAGCGUAGGCUCCGUUCAUGGGGUUCUCAAUUAGAUUUAGCGGACGAGAUGGAGACGGACUCUGUCCUUUCUCUUCCUCUAUCCGCGAGAUCUAAUCCUCCCUCGGGAGUGUCAGAAGCACGCUCUGCGGUUUCUUCUGCGCCUCGUGGGAGGGCGGCGUCAUCCGUUUCCGAGGAAACCAAUGCGCCGCUGCAGCAAAGCCAAAGAGGGUCGGGGGAUCUGCCACCCCGGUCAGUAGAAUAUGAGGAGUUAGUGGAGGUGAUUUCACGUGCUGCUGACAGACCAUUAAGAGUCACAUCUGGUCUAGUUGGCAAAGCAUACAUGACGGCUGGUCAGUCUGUCGGAUGCCUGCACACUAUGUCAGUGUUGCAGGCAUAUCAGGCUGACCUAAUAAAAGAGUGCUUAGAUGGUGGGGGAGCAACACCCGAACAGCUUCGAGAAGCUCUUCGGGCGUCUGAUUUAGCUUUAAGAGCUACUAAAGAGGCGGCCUCUAGUUUGGGGCGGUCUAUGGCAACCCUGGUGGCUACAGAGCGGCACCUCUGGCUGACACAAGCAGAGGUGUCAGAAAGUGAUAGAGCUAUUUUUAUGGACGCUCCAAUAUCAAGCUCAGGGCUUUUUGGUGACGCCGUCAAUCGCGUCGCCGAAUCCUUUGACCGAGUGAAAAAAUGCUCUAGCUCCCUCGGUGACUUUCUCCCCCCAAGAUCUAAAAGUCAGGGGGCUGCUAAAAGACAGCCCCAGCCGUCAACCAGCUCCUCAUAUCGGGCGGUACAAAAGGAGAGUGUGGCGUCUCGGGCUCCCCCUCAGGAAAAGAGGGCCUGGAGAGCACGCUCUCAGCCUGAGCCUUCCUCAAAAAAUCUCACAAGGAAAAUAGGCCCCCCCUGGACAUCGAGAGCGCCAUUCGGCGCCCUCAUUGAACCAGGGUCCGCGGAGAAAGGGAUUUUUGUCUCCCGGGGUGGGCAUUCCUCAGUGUCUGAGGGCAUUGGGGACCCCACCCCCUCUUCGGAGGGUCCAAGAGCAACCAGAGGCCAGUCUCGAGAGGCUGGUACCCCUAGCACAUAUUUGGCAGCGUGGAAACACCUGCCGAUGGUGUCUCAGUGGGUCCUGUUCACGGUGGAACACGGCUACAAAAUACAGUUUUGUGCACGGCCACCUCACUUCAACGGUGUUACACCCACCAUAGUGAAGCCAGAACAGGCUCUGGUUAUGGAACAGGAAGUACUGGCUCUAUUAAAAAAAGGCGCGAUAGAGCGUGUUCUCCCACUCAACAGAGAAUCAGGGUUUUACAGCCGGUAUUUUAUAGUUCCCAAAAAGGAUGGGGGACUGCGUCCCAUAUUAGAUCUGAGAAAUCUAAAUCGGUCCGUCGGGGCCCUCAGGUUCAGGAUGUUAACCAUCAAAAACGUGGUGUCACAAAUUCAGUCCGAGGACUGGUUUGUGACAAUAGACCUGAAAGACGCAUACUUCCAUAUAUCCAUCCUUCCCCAACACAGGAAGUACCUGAGGUUCGCUUUCGGGGGCGAAGCGUUCCAGUAUCGGGUUCUUCCAUUCGGUCUAGCUCUGUCACCUCGAACCUUCACCAAAGUAGUCGAAGCGGCACUAGCACCACUUCGUAUGCAGGGUAUACGUAUCCUAAACUACAUAGACGAUUGGCUAAUUCUAGCUCAGACUCACGAUAUGGCAGUACGACAUCGAGAUGUCGUUCUUACCCAUAUCAGAAGGUUGGGGUUUCGGUUGAACACCGCAAAAAGUGUGCUUGUUCCAGCCAGGACGACCAUUUUUUUAGGUGUGCUAUGGGACUCCAUGACGAUGCGAGCACGUCUGUCCCCGCCACGAAUCGCUUCGAUUCAGUCAGCUGUACACAGAGUCAAACUAGGCCAGUUCAUCACUGUGAAACACUUUCAGAGAGUGUUGGGUCUCAUGGCAGCAGCAGCCAGCAUGAUUCCGUUUGGUCUGCUGUACAUGAGACCCCUGCAGUGGUGGCUCAAAUCCAGGGGGUUUUCCCUCAAGGGGAAUCCUUUCCGCAUGAUCAAGGUCUCGCGGCGCUGCCUUCGAGCCUUAAGUAUGUGGAAAAUGCCCUGGUUCCUGUCCCAGGGCCCAGUGUUGGGGGCUGUCUGUCAUCGCGUCAUGCUUAUGACAGAUGCUUCUUUAACGGGCUGGGGAGCAACCCUGAGGGGGCUUCCUGCAGCGGGACAAUGGGGAGAACAUCAUCGUUCUUGGCACAUAAACUGCCUGGAGAUGAUGGCCGUGUUUCUGGCCUUAAAACACUUUCUCCCCGAUUUAAGGGGCCAUCAUAUUCUAGUCCGCACGGACAACACAUCGGCGGUCGCUUACAUCAACCAUCAGGGGGGUCUGAGGUCUCGAAUGCUAUGCAAGCUGGCACAUCGGAUCCUCCUGUGGGCCCAGAACAAAAUUCUGUCCAUCAGGGCAAUGUAUGUCCCGGGCCAUCUGAACAAGGGAGCAGAUCUCCUGUCGAGGCAGGGGGUGAGAUCCGGGGAAUGGAAACUUCACCCCGAGGUGGUGGAGACCAUUUGGGAAAAAUUCGGGAGAGCGCAGGUAGACCUGUUUGCUUCCCAAGAGACCACGCAUUGCAUACUGUGGUUUUCUCUCUCGCAUCCAGCCCCUCUGGGAUUGGAUGCCAUGGUGCAGACGUGGCCGAGGCUUCGUCUGUAUGCUUUUCCCCCGGUCGCUCUGCUCCCAGGAGUCCUGGAGAGGGUCCGUCAAGACGGGAUUCAGUUACUGCUGGUAGCCCCGUUUUGGCCUACGAGAAUUUGGUUUUCAGACCUCAUAGCCCUGCUGGCGGGUCUCCCGUGGGAGAUCCCCAUCAGGAGGGACCUUCUGUCCCAGGCGGGAGGAAUGAUACUUCAUCCCCAACCCGACCUGUGGAAACUGUGGGUGUGGCCUCUGAGGGGGCCCACCUCAUAGAGUAUGGACUGUCAACCGAGGUUGCUCAGACCAUUCUAAGCUCCAGGGCUCCCUCCACAAGGAAGCUUUAUGCCCUAAAAUGGGCUCUCUUUUCAGCUUGGUGUAGAGAACACCAGCUGAACCCAGUCAGCUGUCAGGUAGCCUCAGUGCUGGAAUUUCUCCAAGAUCGCCUGUCUGCUGGGUUAGCUGCAUCCACUCUGAGAGUGUAUGUUUCAGCUAUAGCGGCCUACCGUUCC